CAUAUGACUGUGACAUCCAUGGAGACAGUUACAAGGAACACGAUUCGCUCACGGGCGUGAAAAGGGGGAAAAUAACACUUUUCUGUACCGAAUUCGUUUUUGGUACAAAAAUGCCUCCGACUCUCUUCCAGAAACUUUUCAACAAGAGAAAUGCGUUUUCGUCGCCGCCGCCUCGGUGUAGCAAAGAUGAUCCAGCUUUCAGCUGGCCACAUCCCCACCUGGAGCCCAGUCAGAUCAGGCUCAUAGUUUACCAGGACUGCGAGCGGCGUGGCAGAAAUGUCCUCUUCGACUCCAACACUAAAAAGAGGGGCACGGAGGAAACUCCCAUCACUAGCACUGAGGGCCAAGUGAAGAUGUUUGGGAAAUGCUGCCAGCUUCGUCCGACGGGCGGCAGCAGCAGUUCCCUGGACAGCUCCUCCUCCUGCACCUCUGAAACCAAGGACACCAAGGAGCAGGGUCUCCGCUACCAGGGUUCGAGGUGUUCUUCUGAUGUGGUCAUGUUGGGGGAAAUGAUGUUUGGCUCUGUUGCCAUGAGCUACAAAGGCUCCACAUUAAAAAUCCACCAAAUCAGAUCACCGCCUCAGUUAAUGCUGAGUAAGGUCUUCACGGCUAGGACUGGAGGAAGUGUGUACGGCAGCCUCAACACGUUACAGGACAGCCUGGAGUUUAUUGGACAGGACAGCAACACACUAAAGCCCGAUCAAAACACUGGACCCAACAGUCUCUUAGGGAACAUAGGAUUUUCUCAGCUCUGCAGCCCUCGCCGGGCCUUCUCUGAACAGGGCCCUCUGCGCCUGAUCAAGAGCGCAUCUUUCUUUUCAGGACACAGUCACCCCAUGGACAUGCCGGGGCGGGGGCUGUACGACGAGCGGGACAGCGGCAUCGCCAGGUCGGCUUCUCUGAGUAGCCUGCUGAUCACUCCUUUCCCAUCUCCUGGCUCCUCCCUGACGAGCAGCUGCGCAUCCAGCUACCAGCGCCGAUGGCUCCGCAGCCAAACCACCAGCCUGGAGAAUGGCGUAUUUCCUCGAUGGUCAGUAGAGGAGAGCUUCAACAUGUCCGACGAAAGCGGGGGACCCAGCCUCGGCGUGGCUCGCAAGAAGAAGAUCGCCAUCGGGGUCAUCUUCACGUUGUCCCCCAAUCUGGAGGAGAACAACCGCUUCCAGGAUUUCUUUUUCUCCCACUUCCCGCUCUUUGAAAGCCACAUGAACAAACUGAAGAGUGCCAUUGAACAGGCCAUGAAGAUGAGCCGCCGGUCAGCUGAUUCCAGCCAGAGGGCCUUGUUCUACAGCCGAAUGGUGGAAGGACUCAACGACUUCAGGAUGACCAUCUGUGACCUUUACACCAUGCCCCGGGUGGCCGAGCCCGUCUGGUUGACGAUGAUGUCUGGCGCGUCGGAGAAGAACCAGCUCUGCGGCCAGUUCAUGCGCGAGCUCUCCCUGCUGAUGGAGCAGGCCUCCAAGAACCAGUUCCUCCCCGCUUUAUUGACGGCCAUCCUCACCAAUCAUCUGGCUUGGGUCCCCACCGUCAUGCCUAAUGGGCAGCCACCGAUCAAGAUCUUCCUCGAGAAGCACUCCUCGCAGAGCGUCAACAUGCUGGCAAAGACACACCCCUACAACCCUCUGUGGGCACAGCUAGGGGACCUGUACGGGGCCAUCGGGUCACCGGUGCGGUUGUCCCGGACCGUGGUGGUGGGCCGCAGACAGGAGCUUGUCCAGAGACUCCUCUACGUCCUCACAUACUUCAUCCGCUGCUCGGAGCUCCUGGAGACGCACAUGCUGGACAGCGCCGAGGACGAGGCCAUCGUGAUGCCCGGCUCUCUCAUCACAACCUCGCUCAGGAAAGGAGAGGUGGAGGAGUCGGACUACGUUCUCGUGACCGUCCACAAACCCAGCGGGGACUACUUGUCCCAGGGGGCGCGCAGCUGUCAGACGGAGGCAGAGGACAGUAGCUAUCCCUCAGACAACAGCCUCCAGAGCAGCACGUAUGCAGACAGCGAGGCGGGGAACGGUGCCGGGGACACGCCCAACGAGGAAGAUGAGGACGAGGAAGACGAGGAAGACGAGGAGGAGGAGGAGGAGGACAGCAGCGAGAGUCAAGGGUCCAGGAGCAGCGUUCUUCAGACGGGACACAGUCCGGGCUCAGUUGCUGUUAUCGGGACUGUGGAUGCUAAACUGGGGGAGCUGCACGUCGAGUCCAGCAGCCCAAUGGGCACCGAUGCGCGACUGGAAGUCGCGUUGCCCGUUGGCUCCGCCUCCCCCAGGAAGCAGUCCUGUGUGCUGGAUGCGGAGACCAAAGGUGACAUGAGACCAACAAGUCCGUCCCCGACUCCCAGCACCGAGUGUAAGAACUCUGGGACGGAGGACGCAGGAAUGAGAAAUCCUCCCACCAACGUGCUCGCUCCUUGGCCUUCGGGAAUCCCUAUAGAGAAAAAGCCCCCGGACAAGAACCCAACCGCAAUGGUGCCGGUACCAGUGGUACCUGGGAAAAACCUGUUGGGCCUCAUGUCUUUGACUCAAGCAGAGGAGGAGCCAGCGACGAAAGUCACUUUCCUCAUAGGAGACUCCAUGUCUCCUGACUCGGACACAGAGUGCCGCAGACGCAAGAUGGAGGAGGAGAUUAGGAAGCACAAGAAACACCUAAAGGACAAACAUCUGUUUAAACAGCAGCAGCAGCAGCAGCAGCUGAUGCAUCAGCAGCAAGAAAAGCAGCAGCAGCAGCAUCAUCCUGGGCAAAAUUGUCAGAGAGGAGCAGACUUGAAAGGCGUCAGUGCAUCAGAGGACCAAACCAAACCGACCAAGGUGACUCCAGCCCUGCAGCGGGUCUCCAGUAAAUUACCCCAGUGGAACCCAAAGUGUAUAGAUGAUUUUGACGAGUAUUUCAACCUGGACAACCCCGUGGAGACGAGGACAAUAGACGAUGUGGCCAGACAACGGGAAGCCAGCACAUUGGACAGCAUGCGCAAAGACUUGCUGGACCCUUCAGGAGGUCCUCAGUCUGGCGACCUGGCAGGUCACAGCUUCCGGGGUGGCAGAAGGGUUCAGGGUUUGGGACUCUGUUUGGGUUCCGACAGUGGACAGGUCAGGUCAAUUAGAAAGGGAGACACUUUGUCGGAUGUCCAGAGGAGAUGCAGGUGUGGUUCUACGGACUCGUCCGACACCUGCUGCUGUCGGGGCUGUUCUGCGGAGCGGGACAAGGGUCUCGUGUUGUCACUCCCGCUUCCACAGGAUGGAAACGGCAACGGCAAAGAGGACCAAAAGCGCAAGGUCGUCCCCGUCGGCGACUGGGAGAUACCACGCAACGAGAGCUCAGACAGCGCGCUAGGGGACAGCGAGAGCGAGGAGGCGGAGGAAUGGCAGGAGGAAGUGCUGGUGCCCUUCCCUGGGUCAAAGUUGGUGGAGAACUACUCGAAGCCAAGCAUAGCCAAUUUCGGCCGGUCUCUGUUUGGAGGCUACUGCCCCACCUAUGUGCCAGACUUUGUACUGCAUGGGAUGCCCAGUGACGAAAAGCUUCGGCAAAGCCUCAUGGCUGAUUUAACCCACGCCGUUCAGCAUCCUGUGUUGGACGAGCCCAUAGCGGAGGCCGUCUGCAUUGUGGCAGACACGGACAAGUGGACUGUGCAGGUGGUCAGCAGUCAGAGGCGAGCAACGGACGUCAACAAGCUCGGACAGGACGUCCUGGUGUCCAACCUGGUCUCCAGCUUAUUACAGUCCACUCACCAGCUCUACAAACUCAACCUUUCUCCCAACUUUUGUAUAAUGCACCUUGAGGACCGCCUGCAGGAAAUCUACUUCAAGAGUAAGAUGCUUGCUGAGUAUUUAAAGGGCCAGACCAGAGUCCGUGUAAAGGAACUGGGCAUGGUUUUAGGGAUCGAGUCCAGUGACCUCCCUCUGUUAGCGGCGGUGGCCAGCACUCACUCCCCGUACGUGGCUCAGAUCCUACUAUGAUCCUACUAAGAGACGGUGAGUUCCAAAGCGAGCCAGGAGGAAAUCACACACGCCUGGCAGAUGUUGCUGUCGCUUUGCUCCUCCAGACGUACAUGUACAUGCUCUGCAGCUCAUGCAGCUCACGCUCCACGCGGCUCCCUGCCUUCUGUGCGGAGGAAUCAGUGGGAGGGAUGUUUGAGUGGUUGAUGAACGCCUUCAUGGACAACAGCAGCCAGAAUCGUCCACUCACUCCCACUGCAGUGCUGAUGUUGCACCACAGUGGGAGGCACGGAGUGAGGACUGACCUUCUCUUGUUGUUUGAAUGUGUUUUUCUUUUUUUUUUUUUGUAAAAAGGGACUUUUAUUUUUGGACACAAAAGCCAAAGACUUAAUAUAAAACUUUUACGAUAUCUACAGUACAUUAACGAUGAAUGUCCCUCUUCUGUACAAUCUUAAACUCAAUGGAGUUUAAAUGUAACAGAUGGACAUUUUUAAACUUCGAUCGGACGUCAAUUACGGCGUUUUGUCUUCAUGUUUUUUUUUUUUGUUUACAAGCCAAGUUUCCCCCUGCGAUAUCUCAACAGAUCUGUUUUUCUAAUGCACACCUGGUGAUUUUUGAAAUGGCUUAAAGUGGCUUUGACAUUCUUAGCAUAGGUACAGCUCUACCUCAGAUCUCCACAUGGGUCGUGGGUUGACAGACUCGUGUACGGCCGCCGCGCAGAAAAGUGCGAGGUUAUGUUUUUAAGUUAUGUUUAAUCAGAGGGAAUGUCAGUGUCGACCUGUGUGCAGACUCAAUGCUGUGUGCUCUUUGGGGGGAAAAAGGGAAAGGGCUGAAGACGGUUUCCUUUCUACUGUGGGCGGAAAAGAGCUCGUAGUAGUGUGCAUCUACAGUACGUCGUCUAUAUUUUAAAAAUGAAAAUGCUGAAAUAUUUUCACACUUUUAUAGCUUUUUGCCACCUUCAUAAGAUGUUUACAGCUGCUGCAGAGAGAGAGAGAGGAAGGACACGUGGGGGGGAACACAGUAGUAGGCCUUAUAGUGGACAUGUAUGUAUCAUCUAACACUACUGUAUUUUCAUAUACAUUUCUAUGACGGUUACACCCGCAGGAAAAAAAGACUAUAGCAGCAGAUAUGUACUUUUUUUUGUUUUUCCAUACACGCACGGUGCGAUGUGUAAAAUUAAGAAUGUUGCUGUCGCUGUUUUUGUUGAUUUUUUUAUUCUCUCUUUGGCCUAAAGUGGAUCCUGCAGCAAUGCCAAUUAUUCCUCGUAAUACCUUUUAUGUCAUCUGAUGACACCAUUGGUAAUUCAUUCGUCUUUUCUUUGCUUGGUUAUUGAGACUGCAUCAUUUAUAAAGAGCCCAUCCAUACUGUACUUUUACCACUUUGCCACUUUUUCCACUCCUCACUGCAAAGUGACGUUCAUUGCAGAGGGAAAUGCUCAGAUCUUCAGUCGGUUGUACUUAAGAGACUGAAAUGUGGCUCAGGUUUGUGCGUUUGUUUGUUUUGUAGACGUUCGCUGACCCAGAGUCACACAGAGAAGUGGAAGUGAUGGUCGUUGGCACCCUGAACAUAACAGUAACCCAAGUCUUAAUGGGGAGAAGUAGCAUAAAUGUUCUGGAGAGCUCGAUUUUGCUGGUAAAAUUGAUUAUAUUCAUGCUUUUGUCAACUAUUUUUGUCGGCCUAUGUUUUCUUUUUUUUUCUUUCUACAUUUUCUUUAAAAGGUAUGAAUUUAUAUCUGCUCCCCCUCUUCUAUGUCUUUGUAUAUGAAUAAAUUAUUUAGUUGCUAUGUUUUAACGGUUCAAACUUGUAAACUGUACAUACUCCAUUUUUUCCCAUGUGUUUGUACAGAAAUGUCUUUUAGGAAUUGUCUCCUCAAAACUUAUUUUCUUUUCCCAAUUUUAUGGGAAUGUUGUGCAAUAAAAAAGAUGCCCGUGGUGAGAAUUUA